AUGCUAAAUCAAAAGGCAAAAUCAGAUCCAUAAUUGAAUAAAUUAGAGUCUUGUUAUAAUUCUCUUGAGAAGGCAUAAUAAAUGAAUCUAUUAGUACCUAAUCUUAAAGUAUAUUAUAAAAUUUACUAGUUUCAAACUUUAAAUAAUCUAGCUUUAAAUCACUAAAAAAUUUAUUAACCCAAAAGAUCUUUAAAUUACUUGAAUUAACCAUUAAAGAUUGAAUAUACGUAAUUUAUAAUUAUUUAAAUUAAGAUAAAAUUUUAAUUCAUCCCUAUUAAAUACUUAUUUAAAUAUAGGUGCCAUUUAAUCAAUUUAGAAUGCCAUUACAUUACACUUUAAAUAUAUAAAAUUAAUUGAAUCUUUUUAAAUUAAAGAGUAAUUUAUUAUCUGA